AGCUUCUGGUUCAAGUCGCAGCCCAGUUGAAAGAUGACUGGCCCUAUGAUUGGCCAUGCGAACGGCCAUACAAACGGCCAUUCAAAGACAAGCCGAAGCCGUUCACCCCGGAAAGCCGGACAAGAAGAUGAGGCCAUGUGCGGAUACUCCGCACGCGAGCUGAUGGAAAGCUCCAAGAGUCAUGUGGGGUACGCCUUCGACGACUUGAUCUGCAUGCCGGGCCAUAUCGACUUUGGGGUGCAGGAGGUGGAGCUCCUGUCGCGGUUCACCAGAUCCAUCCGCCUGAAGACGCCCAUCGUUUCCAGCCCCAUGGACACGGUCACCGAGGCCGCCAUGGCCAUCGCCAUGGCCCUGGAGGGCGGCAUGGGCAUCAUCCACUCCAAGAUGUCCAUCGCUCAGCAGGCGGAGCAGGUGGAAAGCGUGAAGAGGUUUGAGCAGGGAUUCAUCAGCAGCCCCCUUUGCCUGGCGCCAGCCAUGACCUGCGGGGAGCUGAUGAAGCUCCGCGGCAGCUGCGGCUUCUCGGGCUUUCCGGUCACCGCCGACGGCAGGCUGAAGUCGCAACUGCUGGGCCUGGUCACGCGGCGCGAUGUGGACUUUGUGGAGGACGAGACGAGCACCGUCGCAGACAUCAUGACGAAAGCAGCAGACUUGGUGACAGCCAAGGAGGGGAUUGGCUUAAGGGAGGCCAAUCAGAUCUUGAGCGACUCCAAGAAGGGGAAGCUGCCGAUCGUGAAUGCUGCAGGUGAGCUCGUCGCGCUGCUGGCGCGCACGGACCUGAUCAAGAACCAAGACUUUCCCCACGCCUCGAAGGAUCAGAACAGGAGUCUUCAGGUUGCUGCCGCCGUUAGUGUCCUUGCGGACGAUCGGCGGGAGCGUGUGAAGGCUUUGGUGGCAGCUGGAGUGGACGCGAUUGUUUUUGACAACAGGCAGGGCGACAACGAAGACCAGCUGGACAUCAUCCGCUGGACCAAACAGGAGUAUCCGAAGAUGCAGGUCAUUGGGGGCAACGUGGUCACGCGAAAGCAAGCGAAGAACCUGCUUGACGCGGGCGUUGAUGCUUUGCGCGUGGGCAUGGGCAUCAGCUCGAUUUCCACGGCCCACAAAGACCGCGGCUGUGGACGAGCCCAGGCGAGCGCCGUCUACAAUGUAGCCAAGAUUGCCCGCUUGUACGAUGUGCCGGUGAUUGCUGAUGGCGGCAUCAGCAGCCCGGGCCACAUCGUGAAGGCAUUAUGUCUUGGUGCUGAGACUGUGAUGUGUGGCAGCUUGCUGGCUGGCACUGAAGAAUCGCCAGGGGAGUAUCAUUACGCAGACUCUGGUACUCGCCUCAAGGCCUAUCGCGGUAUCGCCUCUUCCGGCGUCCGGGGUGCCGUGCAAGACAAAGGUUCACUGCACAAGUACAUGCCCUACCUUUGCCAGUCUGUGAGACACGGGAUGCAGGACAUCGGGGCACGAUCCGUGUCUGAUCUGAACGCGAAGCUUACCACGGGGUUCUUGCGCUUCGAGCUUCGCAGCGCUGCAGCUCAGCGUGAAGGAGGGGUUCACGGACUUCACAGUUUCGAGCGGAAGCUCUUCGCGUGAUGGGCUGUGGCCACACAUAUAUCCCAUGCCCCACGCACCCUGCGCGGUAUGUGGCCAUGGGUCAUAACCUAUGCCUCCAUAUGCCUCCAUUUUGGGG